AUGACAUCACUGCUUUAAAUAUUCCCGUUGCUUCUUCCCACCCGUCCUUAUCACUACUCCACCAGCAUAAAGAGCCUCGCGGGCCAACGAUGCGUUUGUAGCUGAGCUUUGUUUAAGUGGGAUCAGUUGUCUCUGGAAGACAUCCGCCGCCUCCUUGUCCGCCUUCAUUAAUUAGACUUUAGUUUCUCCGAGACCGGGUCCUCCUCCUCGGGGAGAAAAGAAGCGCCGACUGGGCUUCAGUGUUGGUGGGGGAGAAAACAACAAGAAGAAGCAGCGAGGUGGAGAAGAGGACCGAGCAAAGUCGGGCGUGGUAGCGAGACCCAAAAAAAGCAACUCAUCUUUUGUUAGCUAAACUUCAGAAAGUAUCCCCCGCAAUGUCGCUGUCGGUACCGCAGAACGGAGUCAAGGCGGAUGACGAGCCCGUUAUCGAGCUGUUCGUGAAGGCGGGGAGUGAUGGGAGAGAGCAUCGGGACUGCCCCUUCUCCCAGAGACUCUUCAUGAUCCUGUGGCUUAAAGGAGUCGUCUUCAACGUCACCACAGUGGACCUCAAGAGGAAGCCAGCAGACCUCCAGAACCUGGCCCCGGGCACGCACCCCCCCUUCGUCACCUUCAACGGCGAGGUCAAAACGGACGUCAACAAGAUCGAGGAGUUCCUUGAGGAUGUCCUCUGCCCACCCAAGUACAUCAAGCUUGGUGCAAGACACCCCGAGUCGAACACAACUGGUAUGGACAUCUUCGCCAAGUUUUCAGCGUUCAUUAAGAACUCAAAACCAGAUGCAAAUGAGGCUCUGGAGCGCGGCCUCCUGAAGACGCUGCAGAAGCUGGAUGAGUAUCUCCGCUCGCCUCUGCCCGACGAGAUCGACCACAACAGCAUCGAGGACAUCAAGGUCUCCGACCGCAAGUUCUUGGACGGGAACGAGAUGACCCUGGCUGACUGUAACCUGCUGCCCAAGCUGCAUAUAGUCAAGGUGGUGGCCAAGAAGUACAGAGGCUUUGACAUCCCCAAAGAGAUGACUGCCAUCUGGAAGUACCUGAACAACGCCUACACGCGCGAGGAGUUCACCAACACCUGCCCCAGUGACAAAGAGAUCGAGAUAGCCUACGGAGACGUAGCCAAGAGGCUGGUCAAAUAAGCUCCUCCAUUCCUCACCCCGUUAUCCCCCCCCCCUCCCCCCUUUUCUCUCUUUCCCUCUCUCCCUCUCCACACUCUCCUCCACCUCCCCCAGCACCGGGACUGAUGUGCUCUGGACUUCUUUUCCUUCUCUCGACAUCUACAGCGAACCCUAAAGUGCAUGAACCCUUCUGGCAAAUUUUUUUUUUUUUUACGAAGACCUCCAAUAUGAGUUGAUUCAACAAAAAGGUUGCCGUUGUUCCACCUUUUAUUCAUCAUUAAUUUCUUUUUUCCCCUGAUAAAUGUUGUGAGAAGAGAGAAGAAGAAGAGCAGCCAGACGUGUGUAUCAGUGCUUAUCAAUGUUGGGAGCCUCGUCAAAACGCACUCCCUGACAAGUGACCUUCAAGCUGACCUCUCUGCGUGCAGGGGCAAAGUCACAGGGCGUUGUUGAUUUUAUUAUACAUUUUUUUUCCCCCUGUUGUCUGUUUAAUAUUGAAUUUAAAAACAAACGUGGAGCGCUGGCCGUAUUAAGAGGCAUCGUAAAACAGUGUUGGCGCUUCAGUGUUUUCGGCUCGAGUAUUUGGCAGGUCUAAGCAGAAACUAAUCCAAGAGAGAUGAGAGACGCUUUAUUUAAAUGUUGAGCUGCUCAAGCUGAAUCAAAACCAUUGUAACCGCCGUUAAAGCUACCUGUCCUCCAAGCGCUGGUUUCCUCAUCGUCUCAAAUGGGCACACGUUUUGCAGCUCAGUAGAGUCGUAAGGGGAUCUCCGGUAGCCGCUGCAGAAGCAACGACUCAGGACCAAUCUGAUCUGAAAUGUUUAAACCGUCUGUAGCGCACACAUUUGUGACGGUUACGUAUAUUGUCUGUGGCCUUUCUGUCGGUCACCACAGCAAAGAAACUGUCUGACUCUUUCUCCCCAUGUGAAGCCCCGAAGGAAAGUCUUUUGACUGCAGAGGUAGUUUGGAUUACACGUGGCAGACCAAAAAGAGGCACAUUAUACUGGUCUCGUGUGGAUGGGAUGACUUCAGCUAUGUAAACGGAACACACACACACACACACACACACACACACACACACAAGAAACCACACACACACACACAUGCCGUUUCCCCACUCCAUAGCAUACAGGAUGAAGGACCCCAUGUGUGCAGUCAGGCACCAGGAAAGGGGACGCAGAAUAUAUUUAUGAAGGAGCGACUCGAGGAGUCGUGAAGGUGACUCCCUUCCUCUUCAGUAUGUAGACUUCUCUCUGAGGUAGUGAAUGUACGUUGUGAAACCGUAGCUCCAAAAGUGCUUUAGGGCGGACUAAGCAAAACCCGUUUUUGUUUUGUCCCGUUUGCCAUAUUUUUGUUAUGAAACAAAUUUAAUAAUUAUAAUUUUAAAAAAAGAAGAAGGAAUUGUAUAUAUUUGUUUUGAUUGCUCUGAAUUCGAUGUGUAAAUUGUCUGCAUUUCAUCUGACUUUUGAGGAAUAUGGGCUCAUUGCCUGCUUUGAUUUUAAUUCCAGAUAAACCAUAUCCUAUUUACCUUGUUUUGCAGGACGGUUUUUCAGAGAUCAUUUCAUUACAACAAUUGUGAUGUUGUACGAAAAUAUCCAAGCUAUGUUAUAGCUUUUAUUUUUUUUAUUUUCUUUUCUUUUUUUUACAAUUUUGAAAUAAACAUAUUGGCACGCUGACCUUUUGUGCUUUUCAAGUG